GUGUACAUCGUACGGCAAUGAACGUUUGAUUAUACACCAUGUAUACCAAAAAUAUAUUUUUGAUUUUGCCAAUAUUAAUAUCGCUUACGCGCGGUGAAUUAAGUCUUGAAAAAAAGAAUAAACUUUUAAAUGGAUUCAUAAAAUUUUAUAAUAAUUUACCGAAUCAAGUUUAUACAUGUGAAGAAGGAUCUUUACAAAAUGUAGAGGAUCUUGACGACAAAUGCUACAGGAUCGAAGUCUCCCUCCAUGUUUCGGAUACGCGUAAUCUUGAUUCUAAAAAGUACAUAAAAUGUACGGCCAGAGUGCAGGAACUCCAAGACGAAGGUGUAAAGGUGGUUAAUGAUGAACACCAUUGCCAAGAUGUGGAGCAGAAACUUGUGCUUGAACAACCGUGGUUGAACAAGAAGGAAAUCUCCGUUGACCGAGACAUACCAGUUGGUGGCAUACGAGAUCAAGACCCUAAUGACCCAAUAUUUAAAAGCUUGGCUGAAGCAUCCAUGCAAAAGUAUUUGCAAUCUAUUGGCAGUAUCGAACCCCAUAAAGUAGUGCGUGUUGAAAAAGCCUCCACCCAGGUCGUAGCCGGAUUAAUGACUCGGAUCGAGUUCGUGAUUUCACCUCUAGACGGAAAUUCCGGUGACGUCAUUAGCUGUUAUUCGGAAGUUUGGGAACAAGCGGGGUUGGACAAGAAGAAAAAUCUCCGUUGACUGUAAAAUUAACAACCAAAAAUACAGAGCCAAGCGAGACCUAAUAGUUGGUGGCAUACGAGAUCAAGACCCUAAUGACCCAAUAUUUAAAAGCUUGGCUGAAGCAUCCAUGCAAAAGUAUUUGCAAUCUAUUGGCAGUGUCGAACCCCAUAAAGUAGUGCGUGUUGAAAAAGCCUCCACCCAGGUCGUAGCCGGAUUAAUGACUCGGAUCGAGUUCGUGAUUUCACCUCUAGACGGAAAUUCCGGUGACGUCAUUAGCUGUUAUUCGGAAGUUUGGGAACAAGCGGGGUUGGACAAGAAGAAAAUCUCCGUUGACUGUAAUAUUAACAACCAAAAAUACAGAGCCAAGCGAGACCUAAUAGUUGGUGGCAUACGAGAUCAAGACCCUAAUGACCCAAUAUUUAAAAGCUUGGCUGAAGCAUCCAUGCAAGAGUAUUUGCAAUCUAUUGGCAGUAUCGAACCCCAUAAAGUAGUGCGUGUUGAAAAAGCCUCCACCCAGGUCGUAGCCGGAUUAAUGACUCGGAUCGAGUUCGUGAUUUCACCUCUAGACGGAAAUUCCGGUGACGUCAUUAGCUGUUAUUCGGAAGUUUGGGAACAAGCGGGGUUGGACAAGAAGAAAAUCUCCGUUGACUGUAAAAUUAACAACCAAAAAUACAGAGCCAAGCGAGACCUAAUAGUUGGUGGCAUACGAGAUCAAGACCCUAAUGACCCAAUAUUUAAAAGCUUGGCUGAAGCAUCCAUGCAAAAGUAUUUGCAAUCUAUUGGCAGUGUCGAACCCCAUAAAGUAGUGCGUGUUGAAAAAGCCUCCACCCAGGUCGUAGCCGGAUUAAUGACUCGGAUCAAGUUCGUGAUUUCACCUCUAGACGGAAAUUCCGGUGACGUCAUUGGCUGUUAUUCGGAAGUUUGGGAACAAGCGGGGUUGGACAAGAAGAAAAUCUCCGUUGACUGUAAAAUUAACAACCAAAAAUACAGAGCCAAGCGAGACCUAAUAGUUGGUGGCAUACGAGAUCAAGACCCUAAUGACCCAAUAUUUAAAAGCUUGGCUGAAGCAUCCAUGCAAAAGUAUUUGCAAUCUAUUGGCAGUGUCGAACCCCAUAAAGUAGUGCGUGUUGAAAAAGCCUCCACCCAGGUCGUAGCCGGAUUAAUGACUCGGAUCGAGUUCGUGAUUUCACCUCUAGACGGAAAUUCCGGUGACGUCAUUAGCUGUUAUUCGGAAGUUUGGGAACAAGCGGGGUUGGACAAGAAGAAAAUCUCCGUUGACUGUAAAAUUAACAACCAAAAAUACAGAGCCAAGCGAGACCUAAUAGUUGGUGGCAUACGAGAUCAAGACCCUAAUGACCCAAUAUUUAAAAGCUUGGCUGAAGCAUCCAUGCAAAAGUAUUUGCAAUCUAUUGGCAGUAUCGAACCCCAUAAAGUAGUGCGUGUUGAAAAAGCCUCGACCCAGGUCGUAGCCGGAUUAAUGACUCGGGUCGAGUUCGUGAUUUCACCUCUAGACGGAAAUUCCGGUGACGUCAUUAGCUGUUAUUCGGAAGUUUGGGAACAAGCAGGGUUGGACAAGAAGAAAAUCUCCGUUGACUGUAAAAUUAACAACCAAAAAUACAGAGCCAAGCGAGAUCUAAUAGUUGGUGGCAUUCGAGAUCAAGACCCUAAUGACCCAAUAUUUAAAAGCUUGGCUGAAGCAUCCAUGCAAAAGUAUUUGCAAUCUAUUGGCAGUAUCGAACCCCAUAAAGUAGUGCGUGUUGAAAAAGCCUCGACCCAGGUCGUAGCCGGAUUAAUGACUCGGAUCGAGUUCGUGAUUUCACCUCUAGACGGAAAAUCCGGUGACGUCAUUAGCUGUUAUUCGGAAGUUUGGGAACAAGCGGGGUUGGACAAGAAGAAAAUCUCCGUUGACUGUAAAAUUAACAACCAAAAAUACUGAGCUAAGCGGUCUCGCUUAGCUCUAUGUUGCAUGCCACCAACUGGUGUGUCUAUACCAGUUGGUGGCAUACAAGAUUAAGACCCUAAAUAUCCAAUAGUUAGUCAACCGCAAUGAAAAAUAAGUCUUACUGUCCAAGAUAAUACAAUUGUUAUUUGUUAAAAACUUAGAGGUUAUGUGUACUUAUAAAUUUUUAUUUUUCUGUUUUAUGUUAUAUUUUUUUGUAUUUUUUGCUAACGAAAUUUUAUGUUCGAGUCAUCGCUUUAGUAGUAAGAAUACAUUUUGGAGGGAUUUUUCAAUGUUUGCUUUUACAAUAAAAUCAUUAUUUCUUAUUAAA